AUGCUCAAGGCAUCAUAUGCGUUUCCCAACGACCAACUAGAACGUGAGCGUCUUGAUUUACAGAAUGAAGCAUUAGUGAAACUCUUCGGCGAGCGUCUUUACUUUGCACCACUGUCAAGAAGGGCACCGCCUGUAAAUAUCCUCGAUAUUGCUACUGGUACUGGCGACUGGGCAAUCAAAAUGGGCGACUUGUUUCCAGAAACAGAAGUCGUCGCAACCGACCUUUCACCAAUACAGCCUCGAAAAGUACCCCCGAACGUGAACUUUUACGUCGAAGAUUCCUCUGAGCCUUGGGAUUAUUCUCAGCCUUUCGAUUAUAUUCACACCCGAGUCACAUCUGGCUGCUGGGCUAGCUUCAAGGAGCAAAUUGCGGACCAAGCCUUUCAAACACUGAAGCCAGGAGGCUGGUUUGAGUCGCAGGAAUACGAUGCCAUUAUAAUGUCUGAUGACGGAAGCCUUCCACCGAACGGACCUCUUGCAACAUGGUUCCGCGAAAUCAAUGAAGCUUCAGAAUUGAUGGGCCGGCCUACCAAUGUUGCUGCCCAUGUUCGUGAGGCAUAUGUGCUGGCGGGCUUUGUUGACGUUCAAGAGCGAAUCUUCAAAAUGCCCAUGAAUGGCUGGCCAAAGGAUGAACGCCUAAAGGAGCUUGGGCGCAUGUGGGAAAGGAAUUUCUUGAUGGGCCUCAGCGGCUUCUCUUUCACACUUUUCAACCGCGUCUACGAGAGAACUCCUGCACAGAUUGAGGAAGCCAUUCCCAGGCGAACGGCCUAUCCCAUGAGUGCCAUUUACAUGAAGGGAAAAUACCGGGGACUGGAACGAACUACCACCACUCAUUGA